AUGAAGUUCAUCUCUCUUCUCAACUCGCUCGCUCUUGCCACCGCUACUCUUGCCGUGGACGUUGCAUGGGAUAGCGCGUACGACAAUCCCAACGGCGCUCUGACGACUGUCGCUUGCUCCACCGGUGCGAACGGUCUCAUAACCCGCUUCAACUUCCAAAAGUUCAGCGACAUCCCCUCCUUCCCCUUCAUUGGUGGUGCUCCGAAUAUUCUGGGUUUUGACUCGCCCGCUUGUGGUGCAUGUUGGGAAAUCUCGUACACCAACGAGACCGGAAUCACCAAAACAGUCCACUUCACUGGUAUCGAUGUUGGUGGAACCAAUUUCGUUACUGGACAAGGAGCUCUUAACCAGUUGACCAAUGGACGAGCCGUCGAACUCGGCAUCGCUCCUGUGACCGCCACUGCAGUGGGUGCAUCGGCCUGUGGUCUGCCAGCGUGA